AUGUGGGCUAUGGAAGUUCUGAACUCAGUGAAGUUGUUUAUGAGGAGGGCCGGUCAUAAUGUGCUGCCUACACGGGUAAACUUGCUGAAAAGGAAGAUGGUGGAGGUUGCAAUCUGUCCUUGCUGUGAGAGUGCUGAAGAAAAUCUAAUUUGCGCCAUCUGGACUUGUCCAGCAGCCCAUGAUGUGUGGGGCAGUAAAUUGUCUCAUUUUCAAAAGUGUAGUUGGGAGGUUCUGAACUUCAUGGGGCUAUUUGAACACUGUGUUCAGAGGUUUAGCAAGGAGAAUAUUGAACUAAUGACUGUGAUGGACCAACCCGUGCACCAGGUAUUGGCAAAUGCGGCUACCAGCAACGUGAAUGCAGUAUGGCACCCUCCCCACUCUGGUUUUAUAAAAUUUGACUGGGACACUGCUAUUAAUCAACAGGAUGGGUGUAUCUGUGUGGGGCGUAUUGCUAGGGAUUACAUGGAACAAUUCUUGGGGGCUCGAAGUCGCUUUCAUCAGCUAAGGGUGGAUGCUAAACUGGCUGAAACAAUAGCUGCACCGGGCCGUUCAAGUCAGUAA